GUUCUUGAAAUCGAAUGUCGAGAGGAGGAAUCGGCGUUGCAAAUAGCUACUUGGGGUAAAGCGGUGAUAUCAGAACUAGCUGUGUCGAAGGACAUACUCAAAUCAUGCUCAUCGGUCCGCAUUGAUAAUAUUAAAAACUCCUUCACAUUGAGGAAGGCAUCAUACCAACCAACAUCGAUAGCCCAGACUCACCCCGAC